UUCCCAACGCUGCAGGACCUUGGACUAAGCCAGCAAUCAUCACAGAGCAUCCCAUCCCAAUCCCAACAAUCACAAACAAAUCCACCCGACCCAACACCUACAUCAGACGAAGACGCAGAAGAGGGCACAGACGAGGACGCAGAGGCCGAACGAACAGAACGAAACCGGCGCUCACCUUCCUUGGUUCCCACAGAACUCGAAACACCAGAACAUGAAGACGUUCUGAGAGAUCUCCAAAGGCGCGGUGUCAAAGUGAAAGACUUUGCCUUCCUCCCCCGGCAGCCCAACGUCAAACCGGCGUUUGAGAUCUUUGACCAGUUCCGCGGCAUGGUCGAGUACGAUUACCGCCUGCAGCAAAUACCACGCGACAAACCUAUCACGGGGAAAGUGCUUCGCCGGCUUAUCACUAUUGGGUGGCUUGACGAGGCAGAGGUUAGGAAGACGGUUGCGCAGAUUGACUUGGACGAGCUGGAGAAGCAUGAUAACACGUUCCCCCCACAUCCCUGGAAGUCGUACUCGUGGACGGAUCCUCCAACGACAGAACAGAGGAAGCUGCUCUUGGAGCUGUAUGCGAUUUCUAUAUUGACGAGUGACCGGUAUGCGAAUAGGGCUGCGUCGGAGAGGGAGGCGGAGGCGGCGAAUGAAAGGGACCGCAUUAUCACGAUGGCGGCGCUGGACUUGAAGGCCAAGGAGGAGUGGGAAGAGGACGGGCGUAUUGGUGAUCCUCCCAUACCGAAGAUGCAGCCCGGUUUGGAGUUUGUGCCUGAUUCGGAGGUGGUGAGGAAGCGUAGGGAGCAAUAUGGGAAGAGGAAGAAGGAGGGGGAGGAGGAGGUACCGCGUCCGGAGGGGAAGAAGAGGAAGAUUACGAGGAAUGAGGACGUCAUUCGUCCCCCCUCUAAUGCUGUUGCUGGCCCGUCGAACUAUGCCCACACUACUGCGCCGAUUCACGUCCCGUGCAAACAGUUCCCCGCCAAGCCUCCUCCCAUGGGGUACCGUGGUGGACCACCUCGGUACGGGUCGCAAGGGCAAGCCACACCGUCGUCGACCAGUACGAGUGGGCAGGUCACACCGCCAUCGACGCCGCCGCCGCCUCCUCCUCCGCCUUUUGAAGAUGAUGGGGAGCUGUAUGAGGGGGAACCGCGGAAUUCGUUGAGGAGGGUUAGGAUAAGGCAGAAGAAGGCUCAGGCGUUGAGCAGGACCUUGACUUAUAGACAUUUUUAGUGGGAGUGGGAGGGACACUUGCUGUAUGAGGAUAACUUGAAGUGAGGGAAUGUCGACAUUCCGGAGCGCUGGUUUUUAUUAUUUCUAUUUUUUUUUACUCUUUUACUGUUUGUAUGAUCGUCGUUGACAAGAAAAAAUGUAUUUGC